CGCAGGGAGGGGGUGUGUCGCCGACGCUCCCGCUGCCUCGCCCACGUGGCCGCCGACCCCCAGCCUCCAACACACGCCCGCCGAAGGAUGAACGCAGGAUGUACCCAUGUGACCCCCAGGAUGCCAGGACGCCGUGACCUGCCCUGAGGCGUGUCCAAACCUAGCUAGAGCUGUGUGAGACGUGUUCGCAACAUGACCAUGAAGCCCGUGGCGGAGACAGAGCGGAACACGAGCCCCCAAGACUGUGCGGGCUGCGGGAAGAGGAUAAAUGACAGGUUCCUGCUGAAGGCGCUGGAGAUGUACUGGCACGAGGAUUGUCUUAAGUGCGGCUGCUGCGACUGCCGGCUGGGCGAGGUGGGCUCCACGCUCUUCACCAAGGGGAACCUCAUCCUCUGCCGGCGGGACUAUCUCAGGCUCUUCGGCACCACAGGCUACUGCUCGGCGUGCUCCAAGGUCAUACCCGCCUUUGAGAUGGUCAUGAGGGCAAGGAACAACGUAUACCACCUCGAGUGUUUCGCCUGCCAGCAAUGCAAUCACAGGUUCUGCGUGGGGGACAAAUUCUACCUGUGCGACAACAAGAUCUUAUGUGAAUACGACUACGAGGAGCGGCUGGUCUUCGCUUCCAUGGCCUGCACGCCCUCCAGCCUCGCCCAGCUCAAGAGGCAGAUAGGAGGCCUGGAGGGCCCUGCUGUGAUAGAGGACUCCAGGAAGGGACAAACCCCCCCCGCAGCCACAGCCCUCCAUCCCCCACCCCUGCACCACCACCACCACGCCCCCACACCCACACAGCCUCAGCAACAACAGCAACAACAACAACAACAACAACCUCAGAUGCUACCACAGGGCCCCGGGCAGACCUCAGCACCCCCUCAGCAGCCCCAGCACCCCCCACAGCCUCCCCCACAGCCCACACAGCAGCGCCCCAUGGUAACCUGAUGCGCCCAUGAUGCGCAGUUCUCUCUAUCGGAGUGAUGCUGUGGAGUUCGCUAUAUCGAGACUGGUGUGACUGCAGUUCGUUAUAUCGGGUGUGAGGGUGAACAUUGAAUAGUUAGAGAUACAAAAGAAAACUAUGAAAAAAUGCGUUAUAUCGAGAUUCCAAUGAGCUCACAUGACGAUGCUGCGAAAUUCGUUAUAUCGAGAGUGAAGGUGUUUAAGGAAGAGUAUUAUAGAAGGAAACAAAAAACGGAAAAAAUGUAUAUCGUGAAAAAAUUCGAUAUAUUAAGACUACAGUGAACUCAGAUGAUGCUGUGUGAAUUUCGUUGUGUCGGGUGUGUUGGUGCACGUAGAAUAUUAUAAAAGAAAAGAAAAAGAGAACUAUAAAGGAAAUUCGGUAUAGCGAGAUUGGAGUGACCGCUGAUGACGACGCUGUGAAUUUCGUUGUAUCGAGUGCGAGCGUGAACAUAGAAUAAUUAUAGGAAACAAGAGGAUAAAAAAAGUAUACUAUGAAAAAUUCGCAAUAUCAAGAUUGGUGUGACCGCUGAUGACGAUGCUGUGAAUUUCGUUGUAUCGAGUGCGAGCGUGAACAUAGAAUAAUUAUAGGAAACAAGAGGAUAAGAAACGUAUACUGUGAAAAAUUCGCUAUAUCAAGAUUGGGGUGACCGCUGAUGACGAUGCUGUGAAUUUCGUUGUAUCGGGAGUGAGCGUGAAUGUGGGUUAGUUAUAGAAGACAAACGAAAGGAACAAAAAAACGUAUACCAUGAACAAAUUCUGUUUAUAAAGACUGGUGUAGCGGCACUUAACGAUACUGUGAAUUUGCUGUAUUGGGUGUGACGGUGAACGUAGGAAAGGCAACAAAGAGCUAUGAUAUGAAAAACCGUUAUAUCGAGACUUCAUUAAAUUCAGAUUUGUAUUAGCGAUGUUGUUAUGUUCGCUGUAUCGGGAGUGAUGGUGUAUGAACGUCGACUAAUUUAUAGGCGAACAAAAGGAAAACAAAAGUAAAUUAUGAAAAAAAGAACGGUAUAUCGAGACUCCAGUGACCUCGUCUUCGUAUUAGGGAUGCUGCUAAGUACGCUAUAUCCGGAACGAGAACGAAGUAAACUAAAACGAAAACUGUGAUUGAAGAAAAAUGCGUUAUAUCGAGAGUACACUAACUUUGGAUUCAUAUAAGCGAAGGUGUGAAGUUCGCUAUAACAGGAAGAGGAAAAGUCUGUAGAAUGAAAGAGUAAAACAAAGAACAGUUAUCGAAAAACAUAUCAGAAAAUGGGAAGUGAGUGAAAGUUACGAGAAAGGAAAAAAAAGAAAGAAGGAAAAAUAGAGAUGAAAACAAUAAUUAAUACCACAAGUUAUACAGGUGUCACGGUUACCUGUGUAUGUGUGUGUGUGUGUGUGUGUGUACGUAUGUGUGUAUAUAGUGUACAGUGACGGUGUGGUGAUGUGACGGGAACGGUGGUGUGUGUGUGUGUCUGUGUGUGUAAAGUAACCUAACCAUACUGUAUGUGUAUAUCUGUCUAGUCAGCUUAACCUACCUACGUGUGUGUGUGUGUGUGUGUGUGUGUGUGUGUGUGUGUGUGUGUGUGUGUGUGUGUGUGUGUGUGUGUGUGUGUGAAGGAUGGAGGAAAGAAGGCGAUGAAGGAGGAGGAAAGAGAGAGAGAAAACAAGAUAAAGGAGAAUGAGAAAGAAUGACGGAAGGAAGUGUGUGUGUGUGUGUGUGUGUGUGUGUGUGUGUGUGUGUGUGUGUGUGUGUGUGUGUGUGUGUGUGUGUGUGUACCCUGUCCCUGUGAUGUCUACACGCUAGCGAUUGUAUAGUGAUGUUACGUCGACGAUGUAUAGUGAACUUACGCUUAUAGUGAAGUCAUGAUGUGCCAGCCGUAACCCCUCGCCCCCCUCCCCCCCUUCUACCUGGGUACUCAACAUUCCCAGGUGCAAGAAACGUAAUUAAGAAGGUAAAGGUGUGCAAGAAGAGAAAGUAUAAGUGAUGCUGUGACCUUCGAGAUCUGACUCAUUUUUAAACCAAAGAUAAUCAUGGUUUUAAUUGCUCUAUUCUGCUCUCCUUCUCGCUCUCUCCCUCUCUCCCUUCUUUCUCCCAAUUGUUUUCUUGUUUUCCCUCUGUCCAUCUUUUUUUUUCAUUCUCCACCUCUCCCUCCGUCUCUCGCCCCUUUCCUCUUUCACUCUCCCUUCCUACCUCUCCUUGUUUUCUUGUUUUCCCUUUGUCCAAAUUAUCUCUUCCCUCUCCAUCCCUCCCUCCGACCCUUGCCCCCUUUUCCCUCUCCCUCUCUCUCACUCCUUCCCUCCCAUCCUUGUUUUCUUGUCUACCCUUGGUCCAUCUUAUUUCUUCCCUCUUCAUUUCUCCCUCCAUGCCUUGCCCCAUUCUUCUCUCCCUCCCUCCCUCUCCUUGUUUUAUUGUUUUCCCUCCUUCCUUUUCAAUAUUUUCUCCCUCUCCAUCUCCCCCCCUUCAACUCUUGCCCCCGUCUCCCUAUCCCUCUCUCUCUCCAAUCCUCAUUCUCCUUGUCUUCCCUCCUUCUCUCUCAAUAUUUUCUCCCUCUCCAUCUCUCCCUCCAACCCUUGCCUCCUACUUUUCCCUCUAUCUCUCCCUUCCUUUCCUUCUUGUUUUCCCUCCGUCCCUCUCCUUAGUUUCUCCCUCCAUAUAUUUCGACUAGUUUAUUUUUGAGAUCUUUAUUUAUUUAUUCAUUUAUCUAUCUAUUUAUUUGUGUGUGUUAGUAUAUCGGUUUCGGUGUCUCGGUUUAAGCCAAAGACGUUUACGUUGAGUGUAAUUUCCAAACAUUUCGUAACAUUUUGUAGUCGACUUUUUGUGAUAUAUUUCGUUUGUCAAUUUCGGGUUUCGUUUUAGGUCUAGAAUCCACGUUUGCUCAAGGCUGAUGCUCAUUUGUUUCUCUAUUCUAGUCGAUUCUCGUACGCCGGUAAUUAUACAGUACAAUUAAGUUUACUCUGAAGCAUGUAUUAAGUAUGUAUUUCCUUAGUCAUUAGUUUAAGAUUGUAUUUCAAGUGUUUAUUUUUACGUCAGAGGAAGUCAUUCAAGAGGAGAGUAUCAGAACACCUCUCCACCCAAAACUGACCUCUCUUCUGGCCUCUCCUUUUCUCUUUUGUAUUUUUUCAGUCGUUAGUUUAAGAGCCUGUUUCUAUAUAGUGUUUAUUUUUACGUCAGAGGAGUUCAUGCAAGAGGAGAGUAUCAGGACACCUCUCCACCCGAAACUGACCUCUCUUCUGGCCUCUCGUUCUUGUUUCUUUUGUGCGGAGCAGCGUCUGGGCGUCUUUUAUUAUUGCUGUUAUUGUUUUUUUACCUUGAGCUGCCUCCGUUGCUGGAAAAAAAUCAAUGACAAAAGAGAAAACAACGGAAAAAGCUCCCCAUACAAAUGUUCCCAAAAAGAAAAGUUAGAGAAUUUAUACAUUUUAUACAUUUUCAGUCAGUUAUUUAAUAGAUUCGUCCACAAAAAGAGUAUUAAACCAGAACCCUCCCGGUAAGGCAUUGAAGCGACGGACUUUUUUUUUUUUGUGUGUGUGUAGUAAAUAAGAAGAGGAAGCGGGUCAGUGGUGAAGGUAUAGGUUAAAUAGAGAUGGUCAAAGUACUUCAUCAAUUUGUAAAGGUAUUAAUAUAUUUUCUAGUCGUUUCCCUUAUAAUAAGUAAAUAGAUAACGAUUAUUUAUGUCAUUUAUCACUUGUUUGCUUCAUGUGCUUCGUUCACUCGUGUUUUCGAAUAGCGCAGUGGUUCGAGACUGAUUCAGACACUACGAAACAGAAAUGGAGACGGACAAAGCCACAGAGGAUAGAAAAACAGACAGACAUGCAGUUGAAAAGACAAAGAUUGGUUAAGAAAAGAGAUAAAGACAAAGACAGGGAAACGGAAACAGACAGUGAGACGAAACGAAACAGGUGAAACAGACAAGUUGGCAAGAUAAACAAAGAGAUAAACAGGGAAACAGAAAAUUUGACAAGACACAGAUGAACAGACAGCGACAGGAAAAAGGAGACAGACAGAGGAACAGAGGGAAAGAGAGACAGACAGAAAAACAAAAGGAAAAACAGAUAGACAGGAAAACAGUCAAACAAAGAUGAAAAAAAAGAGACAGAAGUAGAAGGAAAGACAAAGUGACGGAGAGAAAACAGACAAACAGAAGGAAACAUACAGAAAGAGAGAGGAAAACAGACAAACAACCCGAGAGAAAGAGGAAAACAGACAGACAGAAACAGAGACAAAGAAAACAAACAGACAGACAGAGAGAAAGGGAAACAGACAGACGAAGGGACGCGGAGAGGUUGGCAGGCGUGGUCAAACGAGAUCCUCAAGUCUUUCCAUGUAUCAGUGUGGCUUUCGUGUCCCAGCCUGCGCUACCUCCCUUCUUACCAGCCUUCCCCUGCCCUGCGUGACCCUUCCUCUCCCUUCCCCCUUCCCCUGUGCCCUUCAUCCCCUCUUCAGACCCCAUUCACUAGUCUCCCUGCCAAAGAUAGUGAGGUAGGCGUGAAUUUAAGUGUUCUGUGAGUCCCUGGAAGUGUAACGCGACAUGACAGCUGUGUUUGCUUAAGUUCACUCUCCGGCCGCUAGGUGGACACUGACUGCCUUUGUUUUGGUAAGUUUGUGAUUUUCCUUUCGUAUAUUGGUUAGGAAACGUUGCCUUUAUUAGUUUAUGCCGUUUUUACCAUGUUUCUUGUGUUAGGUUGGCUUGUAAGUGCAUAUACGGUGUGAUUAUCGUUUGAAUUUCUGGCAAGUUUGUUAUUUUUCUUCGUAUAUUGAUUUGGAAAGAUUGGAUUCAUUAUGGUAUCCUACAGUUUCUAUCCUGCUUAGGUUGGGUUUGGUUGUAAGUGCAAAUAUAUGAUGUGAUUUUCGCUUAAAUUUGCUGUAAGUUUGUGUUUUUUUUCUUCGUGGAUUGGUUUGGACACAUUGGAUUCAUUAUUACCUCCGCCAACGAAGUUGGAGGAGGUUAUAUUUUCGGUCCGGCCAGUAUGUUUAUUUAUAUGUUUGUUCGUUAACAGUCUCCUGUGCACAAUUUUGCGGAUAUCUCAACCAAUCUUUCAGGGAAGCUUCGUGUCCAUCCAGAAUAGAACCCAUUAAAUUUUUUAUGUCAAAGGUCAAGGUCAAAGUCGCACAAAACGUCAGAUUGGCCAUAACUUCGGUUCUCGUCAUCGUAGAGACUUCAGACUUGGUUCAUAUUUUAGCUCAUAGAAAGACGCACCUUGCAUUGCCUUGACCUUGACCUUUGACCUUGACCUCGAAAAAUCACCCAAGGUCAAAGUUUCCACAAAAUAGAAUUUCAUCAAAUUUCGAAACAAAUGCUUUCAUAUGAUGCACCUUGCAUGGCCUUGACCUUAACCUUUGACCUUGACCUCGAAAAGUUCGCCCAAGGUCAACGUUUCCAAAAAAAUAGAAUUUCAUCAAAUUUCGAAACAAAUGCUUCCUUAUGAUGCAUAGGAUCACAGUUGAUGCCCAUACCAAUUUUCAGGACGAUCUUUGGCGGAGAUGUGCACUCUCCGAGUGCUAUGCGUUUAGUUUUAUCAUACAGUUGCUAUCCUGGUUCUUGUGUUAGGUUGGACUGUAGGUGCAAAUAUGGUGUACUUGUCGCUUAAAUUUGUGGCAAGUUUGUGAUUUUUCUUCCAGGAUUGGUUUGGACACAUUGGAUUCAUUAUGUUGUCCUACAUUUGCUAUCCUGCUUCUUGUGUUAGGUUGGACUGUACGUGCAAAUAAUUAUAAAUAUAAUGUACUUAUUGUUUAAAUUUGUGGAAAGUUUGUUUUUUCUUCGUGGACUGGUUAAGAAACGUUGUAUUCAUUAUAGUUUCUUACAUUUUCCAUCCUCUUGCUUUUGUUAGGCCAGAAUGAACGUGGAUAUACGGUGUACUUAUCGUUUGAGUUUGUUGUUAUGGUGUUAUGUGCUGCCAUCUGUCGGGCUGCCGCGGGAACACCCAUACGCGGCGUCCACCACUAAUGUAUCUGUGUGUUUCUUCCGUUUGUGAUCACAGGAAGUUAGAACCAAAGCAAAUAAAGGUUUCUCUUACUAAUUUCACGUUUGAACUCCGUCGAAUUGAAGAUUUACUCGUAUAAACCGGAACAAGUGAGAAAAAAAGAAGUAAAACAGCAUUGAAUAUAUAUUGGUGUUUCUUUCGUAUUUGAUUGCAGGAAAUGAGAACCAAAUCAAAUAAAGGUUUCUCUUACUAAUUUCACGUUUAAACUCUGUCGCUUCGAAGAUUUCCUUGUAUAAACCGGAAUAGGUGAGGAAAAAGAGCAAAACACAUUGAAUAUAUAUUGGUGUUUCUUUCGUUUAUGAUUACAGGAAUUUAGAACCAAAUCAAAUACAGGUUUCUCUUGCUAAUUUUACGUUUAAACUCUGUCGCUUCGAAGAUUUCCUUGUAUAAACCGGAAUAGGUGAGAACAAAAAGAGCAAAACGGCAUUGAAAAUAUCUUUGUGUUUCUUCCGUAUACGAUUGCAGGAAGUUAGAACCAAAGCAUAUAUAGGUUUCUCUUACUAAUUUUACGUUUAAACUCUGUCGCUUCGAAGAUUUCCUUGUAUAAACCGGAAUAGGUGAGAAAAAAAAUGAAAACAGCAUUGAAAAUAUCUUUGUUUUUCUUCCGCUUACGAUUUCAGGAAGUUAGAACCAAAGCAUAUAUAGUUUUCUUACUAGUUUUACGUUUAAACUCUGUCGCUUUGAAGAUUUCCUUGUAUAAACCGGAAAAAAAAAUGAAAACAGCAUUGAAAAUAUCUGUGUUUCUUCCGCUUACGACUUCAGGAAGUUAGAACCAAAGCAAAUAUAGUUUUCUUACUGGUUUUACGUAUGAACUCACCGUCGCUUUCAUUUCAUUGUAUAAGCCGGAAUAAGUGAGAGAAAAAAUAGCAAAACACACCCCGUUCCCUUCUCGUUUGUGACCCCGUGUGUGUGUGUGUGUGUGUGUGCGUGUGCGUGUGUGUGCGCGUGUGUGUGUGUGUCAAUGUAAAGCUGAAUAAAACACUGAC